AUGGACAAAGAAACUGCAUAUGGGCCUCUACAUUUUGAUCUGAAUACUGGUGCAAAGAUGCCAUCAGUUGGCCUUGGAACAUGGAAAGCUCCACCAGGUGUUGUUGGUGAUGCUGUUGUUGCUGCAGUCAAGGCUGGCUACAGGCAUAUAGAUUGUGCUCGGGUAUAUGAAAAUGAAAAAGAGGUUGGUGAGGCAUUGAGGACACUGUUUUCUACUGGGGUAGUGCAGCGUAGUGAAAUGUUUAUCACAUCAAAGCUAUGGAUCAGUGACUGUGCACCUGAAGAUGUCUCAAAGGCACUGACUAGGACUCUAGAGGACCUGCAGCUUGACUACAUUGAUCUAUAUCUUAUGCAUUGGCCUUUUAGAACAAAACCAGGUUCAAGAGGUUGGGACCCUGAGGUCAUGGCUCCCUUAUGUCUUCCAGAGACAUGGAAUGCAAUGGAAGGUUUGUUUGCCUCAGGUCAGGCACGCGCAAUUGGGGUGAGCAACUUUUCAACUAAGAAGCUGCAAGACUUGCUCGGAUAUGGUAAGAUCCCACCAGCAGUUAACCAAGUUGAAUGCCACCCUGUCUGGCAGCAACCUGCUCUUCACAAUUUGUGCAAGUCUACUGGUGUUCAUCUCACGGCAUAUUCUCCUUUGGGCUCUCCUGGAUCAUGGGUAAAGGGUGAAAUCUUGAAGGAGCCAGUGUUGGUUGAAAUUGCUGAAAAACUUGACAAGUCUCCAGCACAAGUGGCUCUGAGAUGGGGACUCCAAAGUGGUCACAGUGUUCUUCCAAAGAGUGUACAUGAAUCUCGGAUCCAGGAGAACCUUAGCUUAUUUGAUUGGUGCAUCCCUCCGGAGCUCUUCUUAAAAUUCUCACAGAUUCACCAGCAAAGGUUACUUCGAGGGGACUUUGCAAUCCAUGAAACUUUGAGUCCUUACAAAAGUCUUGAAGAAUUGUGGGAUGGUGAAAUAUGAUAUGGAGAUUGUUUCUCAUUCCCUAUAGAAGAAGCUGAGGACUUAAUUUGACAUUGAAUUCUUAUUGCUUGAUGCAAAUUGAAGGAAUGUCUCUCCUAUCAACAUUUAUCUUGCCCAAAGACAAUCAUCCCUCUUCCUAGGUUUAUUAUGUGAAUCUCCAUAUAUGA